AUGACCCAAGAUGCAUCUCUAGUCCCGCAUGGAUUGGAACGCAGUCAUCGGUACUUCUGCUACGUAUGUGGGACGUUACUUCCGCACAAACUUGUUGCCACCGAUUCCCUGGUCUGCCGGAGGUGCAACACUUCCACGUAUAUGCGUUGGUUCACUGGAAUGGAAGUAUCAUUUACAGAUCGCACAGCACAACAGGAGAGCGCUGACAGUGAGAUGAAUUCCGCUUACUUCAAAUCGAUGCUGAAACGCGCCAAGAAAAUCCUGAAGUCGGAGCAAACUUUGAAGCAGACUUUGGAGUCGCAGUUGACCGAGGAACCUAAUCAGGAUGGGCCCUCGGUGCGGAAAGAAUGUGCCUAUUGUGGAAACGACCGUAUGACCUAUGUGACACUUCAAACCCGAUCCGCAGAUGAAGGUCAAACAGUCAUUUACACUUGUACCCAAUGCUCCAAAAAAGAAGUUGAAUACACUUGA